AUGGAUGAGAUCCGCCUUGAGAUGCUGAAGGCGCUGAACACUUGUACAUGCUGUGUUAAUGGAAACACCUAUGAAUAUGGGAAAACCAUCUACAACACCACGGAUGGCCUGGGAAACUGCAUCACAGCUAAGUGUGGGGCCAAUGGGACCAUAAGCAGAAGCAUGUACGAGUGCAUUACUACUACCACAGCAGGGCCUACAACUACUGCCUUUGCAUUCAGCACAGUUGAAAAGACAACUUCAGUAUCGACUUCGGGAACGACAGCAACACCUUCAGAAACAACUGCAGAAGAGCAAACUACAGUGAGUGCUGGGACAACUGCAGUACCAACAGUCACCACUGGUCCAGUGACAACUUUGACAACGAGUGUUUUCCAAACUACGAUCUCAGUGCCAACAGAAAACCCAGAAACAACAGUUGUUGUAGUCACAGAAACAACACAAACAUCAACUGUUGUUACACAACCUGUUGUUUUGAACACGACUGUAACUUCAGCAACAACAUUUAAGGGUACAACUUCCAUCGGCCCAAUAACACAGACACUUCCAGGCAGCACGACUUUUUACACUACCAGACCAGCCGGAUCCACAGUUGUAUCUACACCACCUCUCUUAACCACAACUGCAACGUUAUGUGCCUGCAUUGCCAAUGGGACUGUACAUUAUCCUGGGGACUUGGUGUACAAUAGGACUGAUGGCUUAGGCUGGUGUUAUGUUGCAUAUUGCAAUGCAUCUUGUAAAAUUGAUGUAAAAUCCAGUCCAUGUCCCACAACACCCGGCACAACUACCACUGCAACUAUUUCCAGCACUACUUUCUCUCCAUCAACAACUACCAUCGACUGCAAUGAUGCAAAUUCAACAAGAAAGCAUGGAGAGUCCUGGAAGACCAGCCACUGCACCACAGCUACUUGCACCAAUGGCCGGGUCACAGAGAAAACCACUGCCUGUCCCAAACUGCAACCACCCGUCUGUGUAAAUGGACGCAAAGUCGUCGAAGUCUAUGACAAUGACAAAUGCUGCUUUCACUAUGAAUGUGAAUGUGUGUGCAGUGUCUGGUCUGAAUACCACUACCUGACAUUUGAUGCAAAGCCAUACAAUUUCAAGGCGAACUGCUCCUACUACCUGGUCAAAGAGAUUAUUAAUAAAUAUAACCUGACGAUAAUAGUUAAUAACAAUGACUGUGAUCCUUCGGACACCACAUUCUGUCCCCAGAGUCUUACUGUAACAUACGGAUCCUACACGGUACUUUUGACUCAAUUGAUGAUUUCAGGAACAGCAACUAAUGUGGUGUAUGUGAAUCAGAAACGGAAGUAUCCGGCCUACGAAAAUUCGGUUCUACAAAUCACAAGCACAAAUAUGGUGAUGACAUUGGAGAUACCUGAGAUCAUCACAAAAGUGCUCUAUAGGCCAUCCGGAAUCAUCAUUGACCUUCCUAUGUCUUUCUUUGGUGGAAACACUGAAGGACAGUGUGGGACCUGUGACAACAGCCAGAACAACGACUGCCGUUCUCCAAACGGCCAGGUGGAAAGCUGCUCAGAGACUGCAGGCGACUGGUAUGUCCCAGGUACACCCUGUGUCACCCCGCCUACCCCAGAGACUACUACAAUCUCACCUUCCUCAACAACGGAGCCUCCUUGCAAACCUGACAUUUGUGAUAUCCUAACCAGCAGUGUUUUUGCACCUUGCCAUGGAGUCAUACUCCCCGGUCCAUUUGUGGCAAUUUGUAAGUCUGACACUUGCAACAAUGGCAAUACCACUGACUGCUCCACCCUGCAGGCCUAUGCCUCUCAGUGCUCUGAAGCAGGAGUCUGUAUCGACUGGAGGAAUGCAACCAAUGGGCACUGUGAUUUCAAGUGUCCAAGUAACAAGGUGUACAGUGCUUGUGGCUCCCCUAUAGAGGCGACAUGCAAUGACAGAUACAACCAGAAGUUCUCGUCAGGCAUCGAGACCACCUCCAGCAAAACUAAGGAGGGUUGCUUCUGUCCUCAAGGCACCAUCUUAUUCAACACAGUCUAUGACACAUGUGUUACCUCUUGCGGUUGUGUUGGACCGAAUGGAGUACCCAAACAGCCCGGUGACACAUGGACAAGUGACUGCAACACCUGCGUUUGUGACGUCGAUUCCAUGAGCAUCCAGUGUGAGCCGAUUGAAUGCCCGACAAUACAGAGCCCCAACUGCAGCAAACCUGGCCAGCUGCUGGUCAACAACAAAGACGGCUGCUGCGCAACACAGUCGUGUGAGUGCAACGUAAACCUGUGUCCCGCUCCUGAGGCGUGCCCGCUGGGCUUCGAACUCAACGCCAUGAAUGACACCUGCUGCAAAUCCUACGAGUGUGUUCCUAAAGGCGUGUGUGUCUACAACAUGACUGAGUACACGCCUGGUUCCAAGGUAACGACACCACAAAUCCCAUCAGAACCACCAAUUGAAGCACCAGCAACACCAGAACUACUGGCAGGGACCACAACAGCAGCAUCAGGAACAACAACAACAACCCCAACAAUAACAACAACGGGACCUUUAACAGGGGAGCCUUUCAAACCCGAACCCUGCCAAGAGUGUUACUGUGGCCCAGUAACGAAUCCCAUCACCAAGCUACACGUCAUUACUUGCAAGCCUAUCGUCUGCCAAACAAACUGCUCUGAAGGUUAUGAAUAUCAGACUACAGUUGAUAAGUGCUGUGGUACGUGUGUUCAGAAGAGCUGUAUGUUCACCAUUGGAAACACAACGCAUAUCAUUGAGGUCAACAACACAUUUGUACCACCUAAUGACAGGUGUGCGAAAUAUACAUGUGCCAACAUCAAUGGACAGUUGCUUACUCAGAAGACCGAUACCAUAUGUCCUCACUUCAACCCCUUGGACUGUAAACCUGGCACCGAGACAACAGACGCUGAUGGAUGCUGCACAACCUGCAAACUGGAGAGCACGUGUGAGGUCCUGAGUAAGCAGACCAUUAUCGAAGUCAACGACUGCAAGCAGAUGGUCAACCUGACGUCCUGUGCUGGACACUGUGGAAGCUCCUCCAAAUAUUCUGCUGCGGCUAACAAGAUGGUGCACGAGUGUGAGUGUUGCCAAGAGGUCAUCACCAAUCAGAAGCAGGUGGAGCUGACCUGCGCCAACGGCUCCAAGGUCCAGCACAGCUACUUGGAGGUGGAGACGUGCCACUGCAAAAAAGCAGAAUGUGUGUCGUGGACCAAACCACAGCGCCGCAGGAGACGCUGAUCAGACUGGACUGAAACCUUACCAACACGAUGCAAGACUUAACCUUUCUAUUCUUGUCAGGUUUCAGUAUCCAAAGCUCAACUUGUUACUCUUUCUUUAUUUUAAGAUUUCAUGGAUAAUCAUUAAUAAAAUUAAAUUUCUGCAAUAUGA